AUGCGACGGGGAAGUCGGCACCCGCUCUCAGCGGUGGUGCUGCUCCUGCUCACCACAUUUCCCCAUCUAACCCAUAAUCAAAAUAUCGGACUCGGAGGAAUCAAUCAGAAUAUUGGAGGAACUGUUCAGAAUCCGACAAUUAAUCAAGUUUCCCCUGGACAAAUUUUCACAGGGACGGGCACCAAUCCGUAUUAUGGAGUCAAUCUCGUGCCGUUCGGUCCAGAAGCUGGUGAUUUGAUGGUGAAUCCGUCAAUGUUAACUGCUGGAAUGACAAUUGAUUUGUAUAUGUUCUUCCCAUAUUAUGGUGGACUUUACAAUUACACAACGAUCUCUGUCAAUGGGUACCUUGGUUUCGCCACAGUCCUCGACCAAGGACCAACAAUUAAUGUGGGUCCAGAAACAACAGAUUGGCCCCGACAAGAAGAUCCAGCUAUGAUUGCCCCAUACCUCUGCAAACAACAAGUUCCUCAACAAGGAAACCCAGCUCGUCGUGCAGGAGUCUACUAUCGUCUUCUUCUUCGUCAAUCCCUUUUCGGGAGAGAAACAAACUCAAAUCUCAAUUUGGGUGGCUCCCUCCAACAAAACGCAUUCUUCGGACAAACUGCCAGCCAAGCUUGUCCAGGAACUGCCGACAGUUAUGUUAGAUGUGACUCAAACAGUGACUAUUUCCUAGAUCAAAUGAUGAUUUGGGUACAAGAAGGAGUCGCCGGAGGAGCCAUGUUCCGUGCUGAUGCUGCUGUCGUUGUUACGUGGUACAACACUGCUUCUGCCAUUUCCGGAAGAUCCGAUAUUGAUGCAGGACAGACUGGAACUUACCAAGUUGUCUGGUUGACCGACUCCACCGCCCGUCUUUCGUAUGUUAUUAUCAACUACGAUCGUCUCGGUUUCGAUGCUCAGGACUUCCGUGGAAACUCAAGAUCCGGAAGAUGCCGUGCCGUCUUUAACGGAGGAAAUCAUACUGGAACCGUCGAAGUUGAUCCAACCCAACCAUACAAGAACACUCCGAAGGUACUUGCUCAACGAUCCGGAGUUCCACACAUGGUCAGAGGUAGAUACAUGUUCAGAGUGGAUGAUGUGGUCAGACCAGCUGGAUGCUCUAACAAAACUGGAGGAACAUACCCAAUUAUGAUCUAUCCAAAUAUUGUGAACAUGUUGGGAGAUAUGACUGUCGAUGUCAAUGCUUGUUGCCUCGAUCGUACCCAAACCUACAAAAUGAUGAUUGAGGAAAGAGAAGUCGCCACAUGUCAAGUCAUUAACUCAGCCAUCGCUAGAUGUUCUCUUCCAAAGAUCUACGAUUGGGGAACCAAGACUGUCUACUUCCAGCCAGAUUCUAGAGGAGCUAAUGAUGAGAAGGCAUUCGUUGGUUAUAUUUAUUUUGUCCCGCCCACACUGGACCCGAUGAGGUUAGACAUUGGUAACAUCUACGAAUGGUACAAGAAUCCGAUGACGAAUUAUCUAAUGCCCAUCACUUGGUAUCCUAGGAACUUCACAAAUCCAGACAUCCUUACCAACGGAAACAACAUGGGAGUUCGAAUCUCCGACGAUUCAAUGUAUGGAGUCCAACUCGGUCUUUACAUUGUCGGAUACAGAGAGUUCAAAGAUGACGAAAUCAAGAAGUUCCGUCCAGAAUACCGUACGUUGGCUCGAAUCACCACCUACAGUAACCAGAACAAUGCUAACUAUCGGUGGAUGCCACAGGAAGAGGUUAUCAACACCAAUCAAGUUCAGCAGUGGUAUCUGACAGAUUGGGAAAGGAUGCACACUUUGUAUACUUAUCGAGUUGGAUUCUUCAAAUUGGCUCCAAUAAAUCCAAAUGAUCAGAAUGGUACUUUACUUUUGCCUGGCCUGGUUUCAGCUCCAAUCUCUUUGCAUUGGCUUUGGACUCCAGAGAAUCAGCAGUUUGCCACAUUGACCUUGAACCAACAGGAUAGAGAUCAACGAGUUGAAUUCGUAAAGGAGAAAUCUAGAGAAAUGUGCCACGAUUGGUAUGAUGAAGAUGGAGCAUUGUGGAAUUUCAUCAGAGAUACUGAGACUAAUACAUCCUGUCCAUGUAUUGAGACUCAAGCUCUUUUGGAUUUGGGAAGAUUCAUGCCGCAUCCAAGAUGCUCUCAAAUGUUCCGUGAUAUCACUUGUACGACAGUUAUCGGAUCCAAAAAUUGUUACAUGUCUUCUUCGAACAUCUAUUCCAGUUAUGCAGGUGACGGUAACACUUUCCAUAACAUGGAUACCAACCGCUUCAUGACUCACUACGGGCAAGUUUGUUGCUACGACGAGAGUGGAUAUUUGAUGCAAACCCCGUAUCAGCCGGUUAUCAAAACUCAGAAGGAGUACUUCUACAAUCCCGGUUACCCCUUACGAGCUUAUGAAUUUGGUACGGCACCGUAUAUGGGCCAGUUUGAGGUUCCUGGUUUAUCAGUAUUUCACAACGACUACAUGCCCUAUUUCCUUUGUUGUAAAUUUGCCGACUUCCGAUGUCAAAUGUUCUAUUGGAGGCGUCCGUCUUCCGCAUGUCAGCAGUAUCAGCCGCCGGCUAUAGGUCAUGCGCAAGGAACGGGAGUAUUCCAAACCAUUGAUAAUGAUAAAUUCAUUUUCAAUCAACCGGGAGUCUUUAACUUCUUGUACAUCCCGCAGUCCAUAAGAACUCCAGAAGUGAGAAUUCAAACAAGAUUGGAAAGAUAUCCGAACCGGAAAGUUGACUUUGGAUUGUUGGGAAGAUAUAUCUCUCAAUAUGAGUUGGUCCAGCCAACCAAUGCUACUGUUAUCACUGGAAUUGCAUUGGAAGCUACUGGAACGGAAAGAGUUAUCAUUACGACUAGAAAAGACACCCGUAGAUUCCGUUACCGUACCAAUAUCAUCGUCGGAAACAUCCUUCGUUAUUUCGAUACCAUCCGUCUCCAACGUUUCCGUGGUGUCCUCAUCUAUGUGAAUAAUGUAGAACGUGGACAACCGGAAAUUUAUGUAGUCCUGGAGGAAGCUCAAAUCGGAGUGAAGGUCACUGAAAGUUAUGCUUUGGAUAUUGAUCGUCUUCCAAACUACCAAGAGAGUAUGGGAAUAUUGGAUAUUCAAAUCUCAGUGUCACCUCAAUAUGGAGUACGCCCGGAUGGAGAUAAGACUCAGGAAGCUCAGUACAGACAGUUGUAUAACCUACCACGUGUCAGCGGAUUGAUCCGCCCGUAUCCAGAUCAGACUAGUGGAUCGUUGAACGAGGGAUUGACUCUAAAUGAUGUGAACUCUGAUGCCUAUAGACAACAGAUUAUUAAUAAUUACCUUGUCCUUGGAACCGGUGAGCCAGGAACUCAACAGAACCAAGCUGGAACUUUGAACCAGAUGAUGCCAUCUGACAACAUGUUCACCACAUCCAGAGAUGACGACAAACAGUUCGACGUGUUCCCAGAAGCCAGUAUGAGAUCCGAGCCAAUUUACAAGACGGCUCCACGGAUCAUACCGAUUCGUCCCACAGACCGGAGCAAUGAUUCUCCAGCUUCUGAACACUUGCAGAGAUUUACAGAACAAUCCGAAUAUCAUAACCUUCCAGCCGACCUCCAACCAUACCAGAGCAUUGCCACAUUGAGUUAUGGACUCCAAUGCCCAGAUGAUCCAGGACAGGUUCUCACGGAAUGCGGAGAUUCUGUUGCUUGCUUGUAUGACUAUGCACUAUUGAACUCAAAGGUUUUGGGUCAAGAAGAGCAAGAUUCAUGGAACAUGUUCACCACUGACCGAGCAAUGGCUAUUAGACAGUACAACAGUUGUGGAGCCAUCAAUAUUGAGUACCCAGAAUACAUGAUGAAGACUCCAGCGUUGUCAUCUGGAUACUUACAAGGAGAUGUGGCAAGAUUCGAGUGUUAUCAGUCUCAUUGGGUCAAGGGAGAUCAUGAGUACAAGUGCGGAAUUGUUGUUGAUUACAAUCGUCCAAACGAGUAUCGAUUCGAGUGGAACAAAGGAAACCAGCCAUGGUGCCGAUCGAGAAUCAAGGAAAAUUACUUCAAGUGGUUGGCAGUUAUCUUCGGAAUCGUCGGAAUCAUCAUUGUGAUCCUUCUGAUCUUCCUCGUCUUCUGGUGCAUCAAACAAAAGAAGCGACAAGAAUCGAGACAAUACUCUGGCACGGCUGCCUACAGUAACAAUGCUUUCCAAAACCAGUCAUACGAAACUAAACCACCAAGGGCAUUAUCUGUGGGAGAUCUUUCGAAUGCUCCACGAACUGUGACGAUGCCUCCGCCACGUGGUACGACGGCGACGCCUAUGACAAUGGAGCCACGUGGUUUCUCCCCAGCACCAACGGAUAUUCAAGGAUCCCAAGGAGUUGGAGUUAUGGGAUUGAAUACCAGUGUUUAG